UGGAUACAGGACGCUCUUAUAUAUUUCUUUGUUUCGGGAUUCGCGGUACAUUUGAAAAUUUUCAUUGAAAUUAUUUACAUGAGCAACAUUAACCAGGAAAUUCGGGCAGUUUUACCCAGGCGUGUGAAGAAGAGUUUUGAUUACAGAGUUUUCGAUCAACUUGGUAUGCAGUCCGAGGCAGUAACCACAGAACCAGAGGUUGGUGACGAGCUUGUGCACGGUGCGACUGGUGGAUCUGACAGUAUGUCAAAGGUGGAUUAUGAAGACCUGAAAGAACGUCUUUCUAUUUAUUUGGAUUCGGACGAGUCGGACACCGAUGAGGAAACUAAAGAAUUGGUCAGGAAACUCAAGGAAGUUAAACAGAAGGAGAAAGCAAUGAAGAACAAGAAGAGAAAGGUGGAAUUACGACAGGAAAUAGAGAAGAGAAUGAAGGAAUUGGAGGAGUUGGAGGAGCUCGAGUUAAAAGGGGCCUCUAAGCCGAAGAAGGAGAAAUCCGGCAAGAAGGUGGAUCAGUCCAAGAAGAUCAAAGGUAAAAACAAAGAAACAGAUAAAGAGAAAGGUAAAGAAACAGAUAAAGGUAAAGAUAAAGAUAAAGGCAAAGGCAAAGGGGCAGUGAAAGAUAGUAAAGAACCAGGAACUUUUCUAAUAGUGUCAGACUCAAUUGCAAAAUAUGUGAAGCUUGAGAAUGCUGAUGUGUUUGCGUUUCGGGGGGCUUCCAUAGGAGAAAUAACCUAUCAGCUUAACAAGAACAAGGGGAGUAUUUAUGAAGGUUAUAAAUGUUUAAUAAUUCAUUGUGGUACCAAUGAUAUUCAUAUUUUAUCUAUUGAUCAGUUUAAGUCUGCUUAUUGUAAUUUGAUUUCAACUGCUAAGUUGUUGUUUCCUUCUAUGGUUAUUGCUAUGUCUGGUAUUCUUCCUCGUCCUGUAGAUUUUGAGGAAACAGGUCAAAAAAUUAAGGCAGUUAAUAUGGCUUUGUUAAAUUUAUGUUUGAGUUAUAAUGUAGAGUUCAUUCAUUCGUAUAGAUAUUUUUUGAAAUGUGGAAAGCCAAAGGUGGAGUUAUUUGCAUAUAAAGAUGGUGGUUUGCACCUGAAUUGUGAAGGUACAAGGCAGUUAGGGGUAUAUUUUAAAAGACGGGUUGCUCAUUUGAUUUAGAUAUGGUAACUUGUCAUUUGAGAUGAAUUUCUCAGAUGGAGUUAAAGGAUUAGUAGUGGUUGAAUUUUAUGUUUCUGCCAUACUUCCUUUUGUUUCUUUUAGUUUAUGGUUGAUAUUAUUUCUUCCAUACUAAAAUUUGGAUAUUUUGUAUUUUAUUUUCCUUAAUAUGUAGGGGUUGUAUUUGUUUGUUGGGUUAUGAUGUAGUAAUGUUUAUUUAUAUAUUAUGUAC